UAUCAGGCUUUUAUUAUGAAAGGUGUGGUUAGUUAAUAAUAUGAGUAAUUCCAACUUAUUGCGUCAAUUAUGAAUAAUUAUCGUCGAGCACCUAUUCAAGAAACUUCUUUCGAUAUACCUCGAAGUAGAUCUGAAGAGAGUGUUUUUUCAGUGCAAACCUACUUAGAAGUUGAGAAAAGCGGAUGUGAUGCAUGUCUCACUAGAAUUCCAUAUGCAACCCUCAUUGCCACCAUCAUGUGUGCUUUGGGGGUAUCAAUAUUUUGUGGAACAAUGUACAGGGGAGCCACCUUAGCAGUUCUAAUGUUUCGAGAAAUAUUUAAACUUAACAUUUUUUGGAUUGAAGCAGUGAAAAUGACUUUUGUUAUUAUUGGAGCCUGUAUGGGUGCUCUUGGUUUGAUGAUUCUAUUUGUUGGAUGUUUGGCAACUGGAGCUACCAGACAUAAAGUUUAUAGAGCAUGGAGACACAGGGUUGGAGGAAGAAUAAGUUGUGCGAUAUUUAUGGCAAUCACGUAUGUUCUCACUUUGGUAUGGAUAGUAAAGUUCACUUUUCUAGUUCUGGUUACGUUUGUUUAUACCGUAUUUUGGAAAAUGUGUGAGAACCCUAGGGUGGCAACAUAUCAAGAUCCUAUUGAUUUAACACAAUUCUAUUUUUUGCUGCCAGAUAAUACACCCCAAGAAAGAAUGAAAAUCAGUGGAGAAAAAGAAGUGAAAAGCUUUUGUAUAGAUUACGUUGAAAAAGUUGAAAUCAUGUUUAUAUUUGCUACUGUAGCCUGUGUAUUGGUGAUUUUAAGUUUGAUUCAUUACUUGAUGUGCCUUUCGGCAAAUUACGCGCAUAUAAGAGACCAUGAAAAAUUCCAAGAACUGGAAGAUCUUCAAAUGCUGCAAGGUGACCACGAGAUGCUAUCUGCGAAAGAUCGAUUCUAGGAUACGGCCCAGGAGAUACACCUACCAGAAAUUAGAUGGGGUACCCCCCAUCAAACUUUCUGAGGGAAUUCUGCUCACCUGAUUAUUGAAGGUUGCAAGUUGAGCGAUAACUUUGCAACUUCGUUCUGAAAGGUGUAUUUUCUGGGUACUCCUAAGUUUCAUUUAUCCGUCCAAUAUGAAUGUUGAGGUUUAUGGUAUUUAAGAUAACUUGUCCUAAUUCCUUGCUUCGUUCUACUGGUUAUAAUUUUAAAUUAUUGGUCACUUAGAUUCGGUUGAAAGAUAUAUAGAUAUUAUACACAUAUCACCCAUUAAAUUACUCUAUAACUUUAAGAAUUUGAGACAAGUCUGCAUAUGUGCAAGACUGAUUAAGGCUUCCAAGUAUUGAAUUAUAUAAUAGUUAAGAAUGACCUUAAGCUCAUCAGUGGCCAAAUUUUAUGAGUAUUGUAAAACGAAUAUUGUGUAUCAAUUUGUUUGAUAUAAGAUAUAGAUAUCAGUAGUUACUUGAAUUACUGGUUUCCCAGUGUUGAUUAUUAGUCUAGGUUCUAUUUUCACUUUCUAUUCAUUUCAAUCCAUUUCAUUCCAACAAGUAUUUUAGCUUUAUUACAGAAUGUGAUGUUUCAUGUAUUACUGCUUUAUUUUGACCAAAACUGAAGAAUUAGGGGUUUGUAACGAUCUUUUUAUCAAGUAUUUAUUUAUUUUUUUCGCUAUUUAUAUUUGCAGCAGACAAUUCAUAACAAAUAUUCAUUUUGGAAAGUUCUAUUGAGAUUGCAGUUUGCAGUGCUGAAUUGCAUAUCUAAAUAAUUAGAUAUAACCCUUAGAUAUAAUUAUAAUUUAUGACCAGCCCCAUCAAAAUAAUACUGGUAUCAGUAUGAUGACCUGAAUAAAUUUAAUGAUAUAAAUAUUCUUAGUAUAUAAGUGCAUAAUAAAUAUAACGAUAUGUACAGUUAAUCAUAAUAAGUUAAAGCAGUUGUAGGCAUAUUUAUCUGUAAGAAAUGCGUAUGAAGUUAUCGAAUGCUUACAUUAGAUUCCAAAAUAUUUCCGAUGACCAUUGAAAUUCAAAAUCCCUGCGAUUUUGUGUGAAAACAAGUUGUAAUCAAUGUUAAUAUUUUUGGCAGCCUAUAAAUAGAUUAUAAUCAAUAUUGAUAACGCAAUAAAAGGGAACAAUUCAAGGUGUCUUACCGCAAAAUUAUUGUUGGAUUCAGUCCAAUAUUGAUAUCAUGAAGUGCUGAAGACUUCCUACCUAAUUUUUAAUAAUAAUCAUAUAAUAUGCAAUUUUCAUCAUUAUAUUAGAUACUUUAUCAUUACACAACAGUAGAAAUUACUAAAAUUAGCUGUAUUUCAAAACAAUAUAUUUUUAGAGCAAAUCCUAAAGAUCUCUUAUGAAAGACGUUGCUGUAAACUAUUACUCAAUUGAAUUGACAUAUUUAGGUACUGCCAAAAAGAUAACAUCCAGUAUAAAAUAAGAGCAAAAUUAUAUUUCACAAUUAGUUGCAUAUAUGUAUAUUUUUAUAUCCGUUUUCUGAACUAUUGAAUAAAAUAAAAAACUUUAUUGCUA